AUGGGACUCAUACUCAGCUUGACUCUGCUUCCGAGCCCUAUCAGAGACCAUUUGCACCGCUCACUGGACACACUCCGCACAGCAUAUCAGGCGCCCGUACCAUGGUGUCAAGCUGGUCAAUCGCUCGUCGAUCGUCGAUGCGUUUGCGACAUUGCUCACUCGACAUGCGACGAAGAAGAUGCGCUCGUCUCGCUGCUGCUCGAGCCCAGUAUGAAUGCCAGCGCGCUCGAGACCGGCCGCGAGUACAGGCUCAGGAUACAGCAGCAUGAUCACGAAGGCGUCGCUUUAGGCAACUCCUCGUACGACGGCACAAUCCCCCCGCGGUACUUCUACUUUGCUCUCAGCUUUGUGUCUGAGCGAGAGCGGUUCAGGCUUGAGGAGCCCACGUUCGUUCAGGACGGCUUAUGGGAGUUCUCCUUCCAUCUGCUUACUGAAGGCACGUACGAAGUCAAAGUCUUGCUAGAGGGAGAGGGCGAGAAGUACCCUACUGAUCCCUUCGGCGAGCACAACAUCUACACUGCCGAGAACCGAGUAGAAUACUCGCCCGUGACUGUCAAAGCCACGGCGAGAUUCAGGACAAUUGAGCCAGACGCGCCCUUCCAUCACGAGGCUGUCACUAGCCUACCGGCUUGCGCGCCGUCUCAGCUCGGCUUAGGCACAGCUGGUCGAUGGCUCCGCCUGCACAAUGAUAGCAGCGUGCCGCAGUCUUUCCGAGACGAAUUUCUACCGGCUACCGAGCUCAAAGGCGCAGAUUAUCUUUACGUGGCUAAAAGCGAUUGCCUGAUGCCGUACUUUUCGCAAAAGAAGACAAGCACUUGCCUGGCGAACAAGAGGAUACACCUCAUCGGCGACUCGACCAUGGAAGAAAUUGCAAACAGUCUAGGCCUCUUUCUGUCGGAACCUAAUGCCGAUGAUCCCGCUUCUGACUUUCUGCCAGACGACUAUAAGUCUCAUCUAGGCGUCUAUCGGGGGGAUUGCAACCAGCCAUGGGAGCCACAAAGACAUAUGCUCUGGCCUAUCUCUGCUGCCAAUGCGAGUAUCGCUUUUACUUGGGCGGGAGGAGCCGAACUCUGCUCGAGCGGCAUGGGAACUCAAUCUUUUGAGUCGCCCUAUGGACGGAAUCGCAUCAUCGGCGCUUUGGCAGACCCGAAGACGAUGCUCAGCGAAGAGGACCAAUUGGUCAGAUUCUUGGACGAGGAUCUGCCCCUACCGCCGGUUCCUGCCCAUUCGGACACGAUCCUCAUCUACAAUAAUGCACUGCACGAUAUGGUCUCAAUAGCAAAAGAAGAUGGAAGCGGUCUGCAAGUCUCGGAGUACAAGGAGAAGAUGAGCAGCAGUAUGAAGUUGAUGCUGCCGUACGUCUCAAAGGCAGUCUACAUGACGACGACGUCUCUCUUCGGCAGCUCUAACCGAAUGAUCAGGACACUCAACCAGCUGGCUGUCAGUGCAGCAGAGGAGAACGGCUUCAGCGUAUUCGCUAAUUACGAUAUCACUCUUUCGCGAUCGAACGAGCAUUCCGACGGCGACAAACAUCACACAAGUCAUUUCUGGAUGGAUCACCACGUAGCUCCAUAUCUUCAUGCACGGACUCAACUGCUCCUGAACACUCUUUGCAGGCCAUAA